AUGCGUCUGCUGCUUGUGCUCGUGGCGCUGCUGGGAGUCGUCUUCGCCGCGGACCUGAAGCUGCAGCUGGAUGCGGAUCAGCCAGUCACCGUGACACUAGCGGACGGAACUACGCGGGAGCUGACGGCCGCCGAGUUUGAGACGCUGGCCAAAGAGCGCGCGGAGGAACAGGCCACUCUACAGUCCAACGACGACGCUGAGGCUGUUGAGUGGCAGCGUCAGGAACUGGACGAGAUCCAGGCGAAGGAUCCACAGUUUGCACUGCUCAUCGACUUGGCAAAGCGCGCCUUCCAGGAGAUCCAGCGCCACGGGUACGCGCAGGGCUACGCUCUAGCGGGCUUCAGCGAACAGGAGGCGAAGCAGAUUUCGACCGACUACUACGCGGAGCUGGUGCUGCGCGCCAAGAAAGACCCAAAAAGCGGCGUGGCUGCCAAGACAGGUACAGGGACUAGGAAACUCGAGAAGGAGGGAGAGGAGACGCCGCUCAGCUACGAGGUGCAGUUGCUACUGGAUGCCGAGAAGCGCUUUUCGGUGGUUGCGGCCUGGGAACUGAGUGAGAAGGAACCUCCGCGAGGACAGAAACGGAAGCGGGUGAUGCGGCUGUCCAUCCAGCCGACUGCAGCUUUGCUGGAGCGUGAGGCCAAGCGAGACCGUAGUAAGCCUGCAGUGGCGACAUGGCUACUGGCCGGAGGAAUGGCUAUGGUCGCGGCGGGCGUGCUCGUCAUGUACAACACGCGUAAUCCUAUCCCUGCUCCGAAGCCACGACGCCGCUCCAGCGACGUGUGGGAGCUCGUCGAUGAGAAUGACAAGCCAAUCAAAACGGACAAGACCGAGAAGACCAACAAGUCGGACAAGAAGAACGACUAG